AUGUCCUCGUCCCCUUCGUCGGUUAAGCUCAGAUCGCCGAAGCGGACUGCUCCCAAACGUAUACCGCUCCAAGAACAAACAUCUUCCGAGACGAACGAGAUCUCAGCUCGUCUGGGUCAAGAACCAAGAUCAGACCAAGGGGCCUUGAACAUAUACAAUACCACUCCGUUUCCCACGAAGCCUGCCCAUGUUCUCCUCCCCAGUGCCAUCCGCAAGAAGAAGAGCUUCGGGCCAAGCCCACUCGUCGACAGUUCUGGGCUUCUCUCGGAGAGUGAAUCAGGUAGAAGCAGCGAUGCUUCCCGGAGCUCGCGAGGGUCCGGGUCAAAGCCAACCGUUAGGCUCAAGCGGUCGGUCAAGGCAUUGAGAGACCUGUACGAAUCUCAAGCCGAAGAAGCGUCCCGUCCCUCCACGGCAACAUCACCGGCGCUCCGUCCAAGCACUGCCAGUUCGUACCGAUUGAGAAGCAUCGGCUCCAGCGAAAGUCUAUCUGGCGCAUACGGCUGGGAGUCUCUGCAAAAGAUCUCUGCUGAUGACUUGGCGUUGCUACCGCCUUUGCCGUUGGGACCUCAUACUCUCAAGAGGAUUUCGUCACGGUCCUCCUUCACGUCAAUCCCAGAAAAAGCAGCGGCCACUUCAACCCCGAACUACAAAGUACUGGCAGUCACGUCGAGUCCGAGACUGCCAUCAUUCAGAGACUUGAAGGGUCCAUUGCUCGAAGCGUUUGAAGAGGUGUUAAGUUCCGAGGCUGCGAAAGAUGGCUCAUCGAGUCCCAACGUUGUCCGGCUCGCACCUACGUCGAGCCCCAAACAAUCGCAAAGCCCUGAUCAGCCGUCCAGCCCCAAUGUGGUGCGGCUUGCGCACUCUUCCAGUUCAGAGCAGUUUCAGAACAGCGACCUAUCGUCCAGUCCCAACAUUGUCCGUCUUGCACACACCUCCAGUACCGAACAGUUCCAAAGCAGCGACCAGUCGUCAAGUCCCAAUGUGAUCAAGUUGGGACCGUCGUCGCCGCCAACUGCCCGAUCCGGCUUUGCCAAACACUUUACGCUUUCCCGAUCUUCUUCAAGCUCUUCGAGGAAAAGAAAAAGGUCAGAGUCCGGGGGAGGAAAGUCAUUUGCGGAACGAGUGGGAGCAAGGAACCCCUUAGCAUCGAGUCCUCCCGUUCAUCGUUACAUCUCUUCGUCCGCAGCCGCAAGCGUGAGCUCGCCUGUCGACCCUGGAUUGCCUUCUUCCGCGCCGCAGAGCAUCCAACAGCUCAGCGAAUCUGUCCACGACUCUAGCCCGGUGGUUCAACCUUUGGCGAGAGACGAUGCGACCUCUGAUGAUAGUUCCGUCGUCGAUACCCACGCGAGUCUUCAAGCUGCGCUGAGCUCCAGUCCACCACGUAUCCAAUACCCCAUUGUUCGAGCUCCUGCUGUAAGCCAGCACGCUGGCCUUGCAGUGCCCAAACGUAAUUCCAGGUCCAUGUCCACAGAAGGUUCUGUGGCGAAAUUCGAACCACGGCUAUCGGCCGUGCCUUCUGAAGGCUCGUGGAUGCGACCCAGGCCAGCCAGUGAAGCCUCGUCUGUACCUGAUGAUCUCGACCAAUAUCUCAAUUCUGAAGAUCUGGCCCCGGCGUCCACCUAUAUCAUCAACGAAGGUGCAAAUUUGACGCAAAUCCGACUCGUGCCCGAGACUCAAUCAGAAGCCGAGCAGCAGUGCGACUCUGAAUGGGAGACCGAAUACAGCCAUGACGAAUUGGACCCUCACCACAAUGAGGCCACGGACGAAGUCUCAGCACUACCCUCGAAAGAGUAUGCAUAUAGAUCACCACCCCUACGACCAAGCCGGAGCAUCGGCUAUAUUCACUCUUCUUCGAAUAAUUCUUCACAGCAGUCAAUCACACGACUUAAUUCCAUGAAAUCUUUUACGAAGUCACGACACAACAGAUCCCAUUCACCCUUGCGCCCAGGCUCUUCCGGUAGUAUUAUGAGUGUGGUGCCUGUCCCCACGUGGGCUCGAAGAUAUUAUUCGGGCUUCUACAGGGACUCCUUUCAGUAUCUUUAUACCAGCGGUUCAUAUUACAAUUUGAGAGAUUUAGCGGCGACCCAAGCACCCAUUCCUGUACACUUAGAACCACCCUCACGGCCCGAAACGUCAAAGUCAAGCGUCAAUACCAGCCUGCGCAAUAUCCAUCAGGGAAUGAUGGAUGGCGUCGGUGGUCCUUUCCGACCUAGGAAAAAGCCAAAGCUCGAAGCCCGGAAAUCCCAUCUCCUACCUGGUGUUGGACCGUUGGUCUCCAACCCAGUGCGCCCUCCACCUCCUGCCGCUCUCGCCUCGAUCAGCCGACGGCAAUCUUAUCCCCAAACCCAGUCUUUUCCAAACUCCCACUCUCGCUCAGUUUCCUUGCCAUUACAUCCUGCAGACCCUCGGGCUCACUGGGCCGGGCUUGUCGAGAUCCACGAACAACCGCUCCAAGACGGGCGAGGAUCAACCUACAUGAUCCGCCAUCACAGCUAUACCUACAGCGUCAAUGGUUCUCAGUCCGACUCGCAAAACAACCAGUCUGUGAUACACCACCCUCAAGCAAGCGGAGGUGGAAACCUGUUCCGUCGCUCUUGGCAUCGAUGGUCCUCUUCUCCUCACCUCCAUCACGACGCCCGCUUGGACACGGGCUCGUCCGUCUCUCGCGGCUUCGGCUUUCCAUUCAACGCGAAGUCGCGCUGGACGACGGGUGUGCCUGACCUCGUCGCUGGUGGGGAGCCCCAAUCUCUGUUGCACAUCGAUCUCCGCUCUAUCCAGGUUAUCUGCUUUACCGCCGGUUUCCUCAUGCCCGCGGCAUGGUUCGUGGGUGCCUUUUUGCCCCUUCCCUCGAGGCCGGCGAGUUUCGGGGACAUUGAAAAGGAAGUCUUGCAAGAACAGCGUCAAAGACAACGCCAAUCGUAUCCACCGCAGCACUCCCGUGCGCAAUCGUUACGUUAUUCUCUUUCCCGACAGUUCAGUUCCGAUCGUUCCCACGCAGAACAGGAGUGGGAGUCGAUGGACAUCUUGGCCAGACUCCGCUGGGAACGGCACGCUGCCGGCGUGGCGGAACUCAAAUUCCAGAACGCACGAUGGUGGAGAAAUCUCAAUCGGUGGAUGAGCGUCGUUGGUGUGGUUGUAUGCGCGCUGGUGGUGGUAUUGGCGGUGUUGGGGACCAAACACAAUUGGGGAGACACCUAG